AUGUCUUCUGGAAAUGGCUGUCAACCCCAGGCAUUGACCAAACCAGCAUUUGGUGAAAAAGAAGUGACUGAACUGCUUGACAGGGUGUUUGGAUUAAAGUUGUCUUGGAUCAGGCCUCUCCCCAGCUAUGAUGAUCAGAAUUUCCACGUCUGUGUCUCAAGGAACAAAGAUGGGGCUGAAGAUGCUGAUGAGUAUGUCCUCAAAAUCACCAAUUCAGAAGACAGCCAAGAACCUGACCUCAUUGAAGUGCAGACCCAGGCCAUGAUGUUUCUCCAUGCUGAAGGUUUUCCAUCAGCUACUCCUUAUCUCACCAAAGAUGGUAACAUCAUGUCUCUGGAAUCAGGAGGCACUGGACCUGGGAACAAAAAGUACAUGGUCAGACUGCUGACUUACCUGCCAGGUACACCUGUAGCAAAAAUUGCUACAAAUCCUCAGAUUUUCUAUGAGAUUGGUAAGCUGGCUGCCAGUUUGGAUAAAGCUCUCUCAGAGAAAUUUCAGCAUCCAUCAGUAAGAAGUCUGCACCGAGGUCAGUUUAUCUGGAACUUGGCAAACGUUCCCCUUCUGGAUCAGUACAUCUAUGCCCUGGGCCAGAACAAAUACCGUGAGGUUGUGGAAAAUGUUAUUGAGCAAUUCAAAGGGAAAGUAAUACCCAAGCUAAGCAGUUUUCGAGCCUGUAUCAAUCAUGGAGAUCUUAAUGACCACAACAUUCUGGUAGACUCCUGUUCUGCUCCCCUGGAGGAUCCUCAGUACAGGGUGUCUGGCAUCCUGGAUUUUAGUGACAUGAGCUAUGGGUACUAUGUGUUUGAGGUCGCUAUCGCCAUCAUGUACAUGAUGAUUGAGAGCCCGGAUCCCCUGAGCGUGGGCGGGCACGUUCUGGCAGGGUUUGAGAGCGUCCUGCCCCUGACACAGGAGGAGAGAGGUGCCCUGUUCCUGCUGGUGAGCGGGAGGUUUUCCCAGUCCCUCGUCAUAGCAGCCCACACCGCCCUGCGCUACCCGGAGAACAAGGAAUACCUCAUGAUCACCGCCAAAACCGGCUGGAAACACUUAAUGACCAUGUUUGAGGUGGGACAAGAAGCUGUAGAGGAAACAUGGUUUCGGACUGCCAGCGCCUACGGGAACCGGGCUCCUGCCGAGCUGCGCGGUGCCUGCUGA